UAGGACGCUCUUGCCGCCAGUUGAAGCUCCUUGUUGGGGGGUGGGGGAAACAUGGCGGCGGCAAUGAGGCAGGAGUUGGCGGUGUUGAUGAACUCCAGUGGCUCUCACAAGGAUCUGGCCGGCAAGUAUCGCCAAAUCCUGGAAAAAGCCUUGCAGUUAACAGGGGCUGAGCAGCUGGAGGCUUUGAAGGCCUUUGUGGAGGCUAUGGUUAAUGAAAAUGUCAGCCUAGUGAUUUCCCGGCAACUGCUGACUGACUUUUGCUCCCACCUACCAAAUCUUCCAGAUGCCACAGCUAAAGAAAUCUAUCACUUUACUUUGGAAAAGAUCCAGCCUAGAGUCAUUUCAUUUGAAGAGCAGGUGGCUUCCAUACGACAGCAUCUUGCCACCAUCUAUGAGAAGGAAGAAGACUGGAGAAACGCUGCUCAAGUUUUGGUGGGAAUUCCAUUGGAAACUGGGCAAAAGCAAUAUAAUGUGGACUAUAAACUCGACACCUAUCUGAAAAUUGCUCGUUUGUACCUGGAAGAUGACGAUCCUGUGCAGGCAGAAGCUUACAUAAAUCGGGCCUCUCUACUUCAAAAUGAAUCCACCAAUGAACAACUGCAGAUACAUUACAAGGUAUGCUAUGCACGUGUCCUUGACUACAGAAGGAAGUUUAUAGAAGCUGCACAACGAUAUAAUGAACUCUCUUACAAGUCUAUAGUACAUGAGACUGAGCGACUAGAAGCAUUAAAGCAUGCAUUACACUGCACCAUUCUAGCAUCAGCAGGACAGCAGCGUUCCCGUAUGCUGGCAACCCUGUUUAAGGAUGAACGCUGCCAGCAACUUGCAGCUUAUGGCAUUCUAGAGAAAAUGUAUCUGGAUAGAAUUAUUCGAGGGAACCAGCUGCAGGAGUUUGCUGCCAUGCUGAUGCCUCAUCAGAAAGCAACGACUGCUGAUGGUUCCAGUAUAUUGGACAGGGCAGUCAUUGAACACAACUUGCUUUCUGCCAGUAAACUGUACAAUAAUAUUACAUUUGAAGAGCUUGGAGCUUUGCUUGAAAUACCACCAGCCAAGGCAGAAAAAAUUGCCUCUCAGAUGAUCACUGAGGGUCGAAUGAAUGGAUUUAUUGAUCAAAUUGAUGGAAUUGUCCACUUUGAGACUCGUGAAGCUUUGCCCACAUGGGACAAACAAAUCCAGUCCCUUUGCUUCCAAGUGAAUAACCUACUGGAGAAGAUCAGCCAGGCUGCCCCUGAGUGGACAGCACAGGCAAUGGAAGCUCAGAUGUCACAGUAGUAUCCCCAACCAAAUUUAUGGAAUAGCACCUACCAUCAAGAUUCAGUGAUCCCACAUUUUAAAUAUUGAAUUGGUUUCUUCCACAAUUUAAUUUGCAUUUGCAGUUAUUUAAGGAUGUUUUACAAGAAUAUGAUGUUCAUUUCCACCAUGUCUGCAUUGAAUUUGGAAGUAUUUUCUUUAGUUGCGCUGGACCCAAAAUAGCACCAUAGUCGCUGUUUGUGGGAUUUCUCUUAGUAAAUACAGCAAUGAGAUUUGUUUCCAGUGAGCUUGGUUGCUCUUUAUUGAAUUCAAAAGACUGUACCCAGUUUGCUACCGAGCAGUUGUUUAAUUAGGAAAUGUCAGACCUUUAUUUUUGAUCCUAUCAAACAAAACCAAUUGGGAUUGUUUCUGUGAAUUGUUUGCUGAAUUUUGAAGAAAACAAAAUGCAUUGAAACUAUGCUAAUGGAAUCUGUUCAAGGAAAAAGUCCUUUCUUAAAUGAGUUAGUGGCACUAAUUGUAUCGCUUUGAGAAUAUCCUCCUUAUUUCCAUUAAUUAAAUGUAUAUUUAAAAAAGCCCCAUUGCUAUUGUUGUGACAAAAACAUUGUUUUGGUUUUAUAGAUUUUCUUCUUUUUAAGAAAAUAAAAGAUUGAUUUUUCUUUUGCUCUUCAA